GUAUACGUCAGCCGUUUUUAUAUAUUUAGGAAAUGACCUGUUAAAGAUUCUAAUUUAAAGAUUGUUUGUUUACUUUCACUUGACACAUUGUUGGACUAGAUAAAAGUUUGAACUUAACUACGAGAAAUGUUACAUCUAUAUCUGGCCAUCCUUGUGAUACUUGUGAGCUUUGACAUCCGAAAUGAAUGUGUUACGUUUGGAAAACUAAGUGGAAAGGGUCAGUACUUAAGUUUCAAAUACGUUCGCAGAAUCAAUGAUGAGGUUCAUAAAGGAUUAUCUCCUUCAAAGUUACAAAACUCUACUCCAAGAAAUUCACGAAACUUUCCUCCACGAAAUUUACGAAACUUUCCUCCACGAAAUGUACGAAACUUUCCUCCACGAAAUGUACGAAUCUUUCCUCCACGAAAUUUACAAAUCUUCUCUGCACGAAAUUUACAAGUCACUACUCCACGAAAUGUACAAAGUUCUACUACCACACGGACUUUACAAAACUCUCCUGCACGAAAAAUGAUUGUGAUUCCGGCAACUCCGACAAACACAAAAGAAUUAAAAUCAAAUUUCAAUGACAUGGUUUAUCCACAGCAAACGCAUGUGUCAAGAUUGCUUGGUGUUUUUAUACGUCGGCAGAGUGCGUCAUCACGUGGUAAAAAGAACGGAAAUUCAUCUACAGCAGAAUUAUUCGGAAGAAGUUUUUCGUCUCCUAUGUUAUUUGUAGGAAAAGACCUAAAUACUGCUAUAUCAAAUGGAAUACCUAUUUCCAAACUCCAAGAAGUAACUCAAACGAAUGAAACCGCUCCAACUAGAGAAGAGAUUGAACAAAUACUAGAAUCGUUUGGGCAGUUAGAUUUAUUACAACAAUUUCCAUCAGUGGCAAAACACAUGUUUAACAUUACAACCAAAGGCCAGUUAGAUAUGAUUGGUAGCCUCGCAAGUCAUAAUAACCUCAAAAUUUUAAUAGAGCAACCUGCUAGUUUUGUCAUCGUUCUUAGAGCUGAAGGUACACCCAGUCAAAUACGGACACUGGAGACCUUAAUGACAACCAGUUGGAUUUCUGAGGUUGCUGAAUCACCGAAGGUAAUGGAACAAGCACUCAAUGCAAGUAGAAAUCCUGCAAUAGCGGAAUUUAUACAGAAACUAUCCACAACAGAUUUAUUGGAAGAAUUCGUUGAUUAUCCUAUUGCUUUCAAAAUGAUUACCGAUAAAGUGCUGACUGACCUUCAAAAGGACGCUAUUGUUACAUUGGGAUUAGGUGAUAUGCUACAGGAACUUAUCGAAAAUCCUAAAAUAUUCGAUCAAGUUUUAAACUACGUUACAAAUGGAAGUCGGAUACAACUUAUCGUAGCUCUAUCGCAUUCGGGCGACAUUGAGUAUUUGGUAGCUAGUCCGCACUUAAUGACUCUUGUCCUAAAUAAUGCUGUGCUGCAACCUCAAAUAGACGUUCUCAUAACAUUAUCGAGAGUAGACUUAAUACAGGACCUUCUUCUUGUACCUAACGUUUUAGAAGAGAUUUUACAAUACAGUAAUACUACUACAAAUGGGAAGUUUAUUGAAACAUUAGCCCAAACUGGGCAACUAGACCAAGUGUUGACUGACCCAACGCUUUUGUCACUUGUGCUGAAACCAUAACACGUGUUUUCAGUAGAAAGACAAAAGAUUCAAACUAUUACAAUACAUUAUCUAUGUUAAGAGUUGUGAUUUUGAUAUACAUUUGAAGAAAAAAAAUGAUUAUCAUGAUUCCAAGAAGCGCCUGAGCUAUCACAGUAUGACAGUCAAAUAUACACAACAUUUUGUCUGCUUGUUAUAUAUAUUGACACAACCUUUUGUCUGUGUGUUAUUUUCAUUAUAACAAUUGACUGAUUGAAAUUGCUUUCUUAUAUUUUAUUUCUUUCUAUCAAUUUUCUCAUAAAAGUAUCUUUAAUUUACUGAGAAAGUUAUUAGAACAGAAGUCGUUUUGGCGAUUGUUUUACAAACUUAGAACAUAUAACAUAUAAUUGCAUACGGGGCAUUAGCUAAGAAUAAGACAAAAAAUCAAAAUCUGAUUUUUUUUUUUUAAUUUCAAACAUUUAAAAAGCGGAAUCAUGAUAGAAAUAAUAUUUCGUUAUUAGUUAAGAAAAUCUUUGUUUUUGUUUUAAGGGGGUGGGUGGUUAUUGCGUGUUUUUUUGGUUUUGUUUUUCAUUUGGAUUUCUGCUUCUUUUUUCAAACAUAUUUUUUUUGUAGUUUUGUUUUUGUUGUUGUGCUCUUUAUCUUAUUUUUUUUAAUGAUUGUUUUUACUGUGUGGUAAAUGAUUUUUUUAAAUCGCCAAUAUCUCUUCAUGUAAAAAAUAUUGUAUCUAAAUUUCUUAACAAUCAAUAAUUAUAUACCUAUUCGUUUCCUGAAUUAUUAUAAAAUAUUAACCUACUUGAAUUUUUUUAACUGGACCGAUAUUUCAUUUGUAACAAUGGAGUACAUUUCUUUUGUAAAGUAUUGUAUGGCAUGAUGGCCAUUAUCAUUUUUACAAUGUUAAAAGUCAGUUCCGUGAAUAUGAACACAAUUUAAAUCUUCAAUAUUCUUUCAGGAAAGGGUCAAUACUUUAGUUUCAAAUACGUUCGCAGAAUCAAUGAUGAGUUCAUAAAGGAUUAUCUCCUUCAAAGUUACAAAACUCUACUCCACGAAAUUUACAAAACUCUCCUGCACGAAAAAUUAUUGUGAUUCCGGCAUCUCCGACUUUCACAAAAGAAGUAAAAUCAAAUUACGAUUACAUGGUUUAUUCACAGCAAACGCGUAUGUCAAAACUGCUUGGUAUUUUUAUACGUCGGAAGAGUGCGUCAUCGCGUGGUAAACAGAAUGGAAAUUUAUCUACAGCAGAACUAUUCGGAAGAAGUUUUUUUUCUCCUUUGUUAUUUGUAAGAAUUGGCGGUUGUUUUACAAACUUAGUACAUAGAAGUGCAAAUCAAGUUGAAGGGGAAUUCGCUAAGAAUUAGACAAAAAUCUAAAUGUUAUUUUUUUUUUUUUUUUGGUAUUAAUCAUUUUAAAAAACGGAAUAUAGAAAUAAUAUUUCGCUAUUAUAAGUCAGCUUGUUUCAAUUUCGUCAAAUAAGCUAUUAAAACAUUGCUGGUGUAUUAUUUACUGACAGGUCAACAAUUAAAUCUUUUAGUUUGAGCUUUAGUGGAGAAAAAAAUAUUCUCAUUCAAAACGCAAGCAAAGCUUAUUAAACUUUGCAAAUUUAUCAGAAUCAUAAAUAUAGCUGAGUGUACUCCAGGAUUAAUCUAGUAUGAAUCCAUCCCUAUUUUUGUCUUGCACUAAUUGUAUUUCAGUAUUCAUUGUAUAUAGUAUACAUAUGUAUUUCUCUAUACUUUGUCAAAAGGAUGUGUUUUUUAGCAUUAACAUCAAUAUCUAUACAGGUAAAACGAUGAUUUACAUAUAUUUUUAAUAUAUAACAUGAAACCAAACAGGCCUAGAAAAAUCGUCAAUAUGCGAUUGCACGUGAUUGUUUGUCUAUUUAUAUUUAUAUCUAUGUUUAUAUCGGGAUCUGUAUGACCGUCAUCAGUCUUCGGAGGUCAUCUCGAUGGAUAAUUAGAUGGCGUCUAGUCUACACAUUAUCAUUAUAACUAGUCCAUAUAUUGUUAAUUGUUUCUUUUGGACAUUUGUAAUUUGAAUAUGCGUUUUAGUAUAUAAUAUAAAUCAAAUAUGAGAAUUUGGGUCAAAUCGGUGAACAUGAAUUUGACAGCUAAUGUCCCUUUAAUAGAACAUUUUCGCACGAGGUUGGUGAUGUACAGCUGGAACGUGAUCAUUAUAAGACUUAUAAGAAUGCAUGUGCUGUUCUGAUAUGAUCUUCUAGUUUUGUAGUAUUGACAUAAUUGAAUUCAUUGUGUUACAUUAACGUUUGUUAUUUAAUUUAUUUCGGAUUUUAUGUAUAUGUAUCUACAUAACAUGCAAUUGUACUUUUCUUUAAUUAAAUGUAUGUGUCUUGCUGUAUAAUUAUACUGGACCGCAUCAUUUAAUUAUGUAAAGACUUCAGUCCUCAGAAUAAGAUUUAUAUUAAUGUUUUAUUAUAAAACUUUGAAUUCGGAACAGCAUAAAAAUAAUUCACGAAAGUGAAAGUGAGACGAAAGGUUCCAAAGGGACAUUCAAACUGAAAAUAUGAUUGACUUUUACAUACAAGAUUCUCCAAAUAUGUAUCGAAAUAAAUUUGCCUUUUGCAAAAAUUAGGUUUAUCAAGAAAACAUGUAGCACCGACAUUUAAAUUAUCAUUACUAAAAGUCAAAUAUAUUCCGGUUUUAUCAGACAUUAAAACUGAUCUAUUACAUUGUGAACAUCCUUAUGGUAGUAAAUGUUAAUUCACGAUGGGGAGAAUGAUCUUUAUGAUCCUAUUAAUUGUCAAAAGUCAAUACGUUGUAACACGAAGUGACAUUCAAAUUAAAACAUUAAUAACAUGUAAUCAUUGUCAUUGUAUUCUAAAAGAAUAUUAAAAUAUGAUAUUUACUGUUAUUAAAUUAACCUUUUUAGAUGUUUAAGAAUAUGAUAUAUUGUAGCAGAGUUCAAGUUCAAAUGGGUUUUGCUGAGUUGAAAUAAGACGUCAAUUUCUCUUCCUUGUUGUUACUCUCCAAAAAUAAAUAUAUAUGUAUAUGUCA